AUGUCAGCAGGAUGCUCGCGAAGCACCACCUUCUUACCCAUCCCCGACAGUCUUGCUCCAUUGCCACCUUUCCGAAACGGCAACCUGAACGACAAUCGCCGAUCACUCGACUUUGACUCGUAUUCGCUCCAGUCUCCCCCAGAAGGCGACUACGAUCCAAUGCAUGACUUUUCUCCGACACGCUUUGGCCAUCCUGCAACGCUCGUCUCGCCUGAUCCUUAUGCUCACGCGAUGACAACUUCUGAAGGUCGUUCCAUGUCCCGCUUGUUUCGAUCACAGCACUUUCAGGAGGUGUGGGACAAGCUCGAUCCGGGAAGUGUCGAAACGAGGCCUCCUCAUCCAUACACCGAACUCAUCAAGCUCUGUAUUCUCAAGCGACAUGAGGGCAAGCUCACUCUCAUUCAGCUCUACCACGAUCUUGAAGCAAAGUUCCCACAUUUUGCUGCCUCGCCCAAGGGGGCUGGCUGGAAAAACACUCUUCGACACAACCUCUCCACCCAGCCAUACUUCAUCAAGCUAGAGCGAGAGCAUGGCCAGCUUGGCAAGGGCCACUAUUGGGCAUACUGUCCCGAUCUCGAAAAGCCUACUUCACUGGCUCAGAGCUCCAUCGUCCAGCUAUCUUCAUUGUGGCCACCCUCAGCGAGCGCCUCAUCCCUUUCCCCACCCGAUGAGGGCACACACACCCUCUCCAGCGCGACAGAGUUUCAACGUGGUCCAGAGCCAUACAGACGACAUGGCGAGGCCAGCUCUCUGCCUCGCUACAGAGUUGCCGAGGGUACCAGAGAGUCCUAUGACCUCCCCAAUCCCUAUCGCAGAUCCAUGCACGAGCAUCAUCGAGCCGGAGUACCUCGAACCACUUCUUCCAGCAUUCAUGCACGUCGACUCUCCAGCCCAGUCCGCAACCUUCGCCCCCUAGAAGAUCGCGAAAUGAGAACCGUAUCUUCUCGCAUCACUAGGCUGCGAUCAGCAACCAUCUCGACCUUGUCCAGACCCUCGCCAGUCGCUCUUACUCCACCGGCAGGAUACGAACACAGACGGCCUUCGCUGCACUAUCCAUCCAGCUCCUCUUCCAUCUCUCCAUACGAAGAGGUCCUUGAUCGCGACGAUGACGAGCUUAUGCGACCCUCGUUGCCAGACCUACCAGCUGCACCGGCACGAAGUCUAAGUGACUGGUAUCUCAACAACCCCAUUCCGAGGCGUAUGUCUUCUGCCAGCUCUGCCGGGUCUAGUGCUCAUUCGAGGCAUGCGCGCAGCUCGACGCCUCGCCCCUUCCAGUCCUUCAUGUUGCCUGAAACAUAA